GAGAGAUGAUGUGAUCAAAUCAGUGACCUGUACUGACUCCGACUGUCAGACCCUCAUCAGGCAGAGAGUCAAAGACCAGCAUAAAACCAGCAUGAAGAUCAAGUAUGAGAGAUUAUUUGAGGGAAUCAAACUAGAAGAGAAUCAAACCCUCCUGAACAGAAUCUACACACAGCUUUACAUCAUAGAGGGAGAGAGUGAAGGAGUGAAUGAAGAACAUGAGGUUAUACAUAUGGAGAAAACAACCAGAAAACAAGACACUCCAAUCUACUGCAAUGACAUCUUUAAACUCUUACAUGAACCAGGAUGUGAGGAGAAAGACAAAAUCAAGACUGUUCUUACUAAAGGCAUCGCUGGAAUUGGAAAAACCGUCUCUGUGCAGAAGUUCAUUCUGGACUGGGCAGAGGGAAAAGCCAAUCAGGAUGUAGAUUUCAUGUUUGUGCUUCCAUUUCGAGAGCUGAACUUGAUUAAAGAUUCCCAGUAUAGUCUUCACAGACUUCUUCUGGACUUUCAUCCUGAACUUAAAGAUCUGGACUCAAAGAUUUAUGAUGAGUGUAAAGUUGUGUUCAUCUUUGAUGGUCUGGAUGAAAGCAGAAUUACACUGAUGUUUUCAGACAGACAGAAAGUUUGUGGUGUGAAUGAAUCUUCAUCAGUGGCUGUGUUGAUAUCAAACCUCAUCAGGGGAGAGCUGCUUCCCUCUUCUCUCAUCUGGAUCACCUCCAGACCAGCAGCAGCCAAUCAGAUCCCCUCUAAAUACAUCAAACGUCUGACAGAAAUUCAGGGAUUCAAUGAGCCUCAGAAGGAGGAAUAUUUCAGGAAGAGAAUAAUUGAUGAGCAUCAAGCCAGCAGAAUCAUUUCACACAUUAGAAGAUCAAGAAGCCUCCACAUCAUGUGUCACAUACCCGUCUUCUGCUGGAUCUCAGCCACUGUGCUUCAAAACCUCCUAAAACAAGAUGACGGUACAGAAAUCCCUCAAACUCUGACUGAAAUGUACAUCCACUUCCUGCUGACUCAGAUCAACAUGAGGAAUCAGAAGUAUGAAGAGAGAGAUCCAGAGAAACUCCUGCAGUCCAACAGAGAUGUGAUUGUGAAACUUGCUGAACUGGCUUUCAAACAGCUGAUGAAGGGCAAUGUGAUGUUCUAUGAGGAGGACCUGAUUGAGAGUGGCAUAGAUGUCACUGAUGCCUCAGUGUAUUCUGGGAUUUGCACUGAGCUCUUUAUGGAGGAAUCUGUGAUUCAUCAGAGGAAAGUCUACUGCUUCAUACAUCUGAGCUUUCAGGAGUUUCUAGCCGCUUUAUAUCUGUUUUACUCCUGUGUAAUCAAGAAUAAUGAAUCAUUGAAGUUGUUUCUGAGAUAUAAGUGGACCAGUUUGGAAAUCUCUCUCUAUGAGCUACUAAAAUUUGCAGUUAAUGAAUGCAUAUGGAGUAAAAAUGGACACCUGGAUCUUUUCCUGCGGUUCUUGCUGGGCGUCUCACUGGAGUCCAAUCAGAGACUCUUACAGGAUCUACUAACAAACACAGUGAACAGCUCAGAGAUCAUCAAGAGAAUCACACAGGACAUUACAGACAAAAUCAAGGGUGAUGUACAUCUCUCAGCUGACAGAAGCAUCAAUCUGUUCCUCUGUCUGCUGGAAGUGAAGGAUCAGACUCUGUACAGAGAGAUUCAGCAGUGUCUGAAAUCAGAGAAUCACUCAGUCAUUCGACUCUCUCCAUCUCACUGCUCAACAAUUGCCUACAUGCUUCAGAUAUCAGAGGAGGUGCUAGAUGAGUUUGAUUUGAAGAAAUACAACACUCUCAAAGAGGGUAGAGCGAGACUGAUACCAGCUUUGGUGAACUGCAGAAAAGCUCUACUUGCUGACUGUUAUAUCACUGAGCAGUGCUGUGAAAGUUUAUCUUCAUCUCUACAAUCAUCAAACUCCUCACUGAGAGAGCUGGACCUGAGUCACAAUAAACUGUAUGAUUUAGGAAGGAAGCUGCUCUCUGAUGGAUUGAAGAGUUCACACUGUCAACUCAACAUACUGAGACUUGCUUACUGUAAUCUCAAUGGACAGUUUUGUGAAAGUUUAUCUACAUCUUUACAAUCAUCAAACUCCUCACUAAGAGAGCUAGACCUGAGUCACAAUGACCUGCAGGAUUCAGGAGUGAAGCUUCUCUUUGAUGGACUAAAGGGUUCACACUGUCAACUUAACAUACUGAGAGUGCCUGGCUGCAAUCUCACUGAUCAGUGCUGUGAAAGUUUAUCUUCAUCUCUACAAUUAUCAAACUCCUCACUGAGAGAGCUGGACCUGAGUCACAAUGACCUGCAAGAUUCAGGAGUGAAUUUUCUAUCAGAUGGACUGAAGAGUUCGCACUGUCAACUCAACAUACUGAAAUUAUCUGGGUGUAUGGUGAAAGAGGAAGGCUGUUGUUAUCUGGCUUCAGCCCUGAUUUCAAACCCCUCACAUCUGAAAGAGCUGGAUCUGAGCUACAAUCACCCAGGACAAUCAUUAGUAAAGCUGCUCUCUGAUCCAAACUACAGACUGGACAAACUCAAUGUGGAUCAUGGAGGAAAGAUCAGGAUUACAGCAGGACUACAGAAAUAUGCAUGUGAUCUCACACUGGAUUUAAAUACAGCAAACACUCGCCUCGCUCUGUCUGAGAGGAACAAAAAGGUGACAUGUGUCAGAGAGAAGCAGCCAUAUCCGGAUCAUCCAGAAAGAUUUGAUGAGUCUCUUCCUCAGGUUCUGUGUAGAGAGAGUCUGUCUGGAUGUUGUUAUUGGGAGGCUGAAUGGAGCGGAGAAAUUAAUAUAUCAGUGACAUAUAAAGGAAUCAGUAGGAGAGGAGAAAGUGAUGACUGUAUGUUUGGACACAAUAAAGAGUCUUGGAGUCUGAUCUGUAUGGAAAACAAAUACAUUGUCUGUUACAAUAAUUACAGAUCAGUCAUAUCUGCCCCUUCACUUCCAUCUAACAGAGUAGGAGUGUAUCUGAACUGGUCAGCCGGCACUCUGUCCUUCUACAGCGUCUCUGACACGCACACACUCACACACUUACAUACAUUCAACAGCACAUUCACUGAACCCCUUUAUGCUGGAUUUAGAUUUUAUUAUUCUGAUACUUCAGUGUCUCUGUGUGAGAUUAAACAGCUUCUACUGAGAAAAAAUUGAAACGCACAGUUGAGUGAAAAAAACACUCACAUUAUCUCUCUCUUUAACUCACACAGCUAUAAACUCUUUCUCUCUUCUAAUCUUAAUUUCAGUGUGUAUAUAGAAACACACAUGUUGACUUCUGUCUAAAUGAGACACCACAGACUUCUAAUGUUAAUUUCAAUGUGAAUAAACACACACUUUAACUUGGGUCUAAAUCAAACCUAAACAUGCACGUGUAAUGUAAAAGCAUGGAAUUUGAAAAAGCAAUUUUUGCACCGGACAAAAUCUCUCAUAGUUGUAGGGCUUGAAUACAUUCAGUGAUCAUCUUGUGUCUUCCAAAUAGUGUGACAUCCAGUGCAGUACGUUCAUCUCACCAUCAGAGUUCCCUGUCACCUGCUUAUUGAAAUGGACAUUCAAAAUUCCCCUCUUGAAUGACCCGGCUCUUUCAUCACGCUGACAAAUCUGUUUGUGCAAAUAUUAAUCUAAUGCUCUUUGGCUUUUUAUGAAGCACAAAAGAUGUUACAUUAAAUGGCACACAUGGGUGGAGACAGCGACACUGGACUAACAGGGAUUUGUAGUUGAUGACCACAAGAUCAUGCAGCUAUAUAUCUCUGCGGAACACUAGUGGGUGUUUCCCAAUCAGUGGGGUGUUUUUAAAUCGUGAUGGACAUUUUCAACCACUUUACCCAAUUUGCUCUAAUCCUCUGGUGGCUUGGUUUAGUGGUGGGCAUUCAUGAUUUUAGCAAGUCUGUUGAAAAAUGGUUGAAAAACAAUUAGUGUAGUUUGAAAUUGGCCACUGAUGGGUAAACAACCAUUUCGGUUUUGCAUGUGAACUUCUCAGAAGCCUAAUUGAUGCUUCAUUAGAGAGAAAACACAGGUGCAUCCUAUACAUAAGUCUUGUGUGUUGAACCACCUGACAUACAUACAUGACUUCUCUUGCGCAGUUUAAAACAAUUGCGCAUCUACCUUAUUAUUUCUGUUACUUUGUUUUGAUUUGUGUUGUUACUGACUGUAAUUACAUAACAUU